AAUCAUCUUUCUCUCUUGAUUACUAAGAUACGAAACAAACAUAUUAUCAACAUGGCACCAUCGGUAGUAAAUGAUGUAUCUAAGACACAGCUCACGGCUGAGGAACCGGAACACUGCCCGGGGCCAGAAUCUGAACAAGCAGGAAAGGACGAUGCUUGUGACGGGUGUGCUAAUCAAGAUAUCUGCUCAUCUCAAAUCCCCAAAGGACCAGAUCCAGACAUGCCUUUAAUAACAAAGAAGUUGGGAAUGAUCGAUCACAAGGUACUAGUAUUAUCCGGGAAAGGAGGUGUGGGAAAAUCUACAUUCACAUCGAUGCUCUCUUGGGCUCUAGCAGCUGAUGAAGAUCUUGAGGUGGGAGCUAUGGAUUUGGAUAUUUGUGGACCGUCACUCCCACGAAUGCUCGGGGCUGAAGGCGAGUCUGUUCAUCAGUCGAACUCCGGCUGGUCUCCUGUUUACGUGGCUGAUAAUCUUGGGAUGAUGAGUAUUUCGUUUAUGUUACCAGACGAAGAUUCUGCUGUAAUUUGGAGAGGAGCCAAGAAGAACGGGCUCAUCAAGCAGUUUUUGAAAGACGUGAACUGGGGUGAACAUCUUGACUAUUUGGUAGUGGAUACGCCACCAGGCACUUCAGAUGAACAUUUAUCAGUGUCUACGUACAUGAAAGAAAGUGGCAUAGAUGGAGCAUUGAUUGUGACCACUCCUCAAGAAGUGUCCUUGCUUGACGUCAGAAAGGAAAUAGAUUUCUGUCGCAAGGCUGAUAUCAAGAUCUUGGGCUUGGUGGAAAACAUGUCAGGGUUUGUUUGUCCUAAUUGCAAAGGAGAAUCUAAAAUUUUUAAGCCAACUACAGGAGGAGGUGAACAGCUUUGCAAAGACUUGAACAUUCCAUUUUUGGGAUCUGUUCCAUUGGAUCCUCGUAUUGGACAAGCUUGUGAUGCUGGUGUAUCUUUCUUUGAAGAAUACGCUGAUUCUCCGGCUGCCACUGCCAUUCUUGAUGUGGUGGACGCAUUAAGGGAUCAAAUAGAGAUUUCUCUAGACAAGUUGAAGAUUUCCAGUUGAAUGGAAGUUAGAAGGUUGGUCUACACACUUUUAUGUAUUAUAUUACGAAAUAAAAUGGCAUUUAAUGAUAUUCUCGGCAUUACAUCUCAUCUCACAUUACUCAGAAUAACUUUGUUUGCGACGCGCAUCUGAUAAGGAUACCAUGCCAAAGCCACUAGCGAACCAAAACUAUCAACUCCUCAAAGACAAGACUUCGUAUUCUGUCAGCAGGAUAGGUGCAUUAUACAAGGACUUCAAAGAUGCUAAGGAAUUGAACCCUGAAGGAUUCGAAGCCAAUUUGAUCUCUUGGCUAAACAUUUUUAAAGUGGCUCUUGAAAAUGAUGUGAUAGAGGCAUCGAAACUUGCUAUUCCACACAAGAAACCAGACUUGUCGCUGAUGCUAGUAUUACCAACAAUAGGAAAGCCACUUAGCUUGGACGUGAUUAUUGGAGAGUUAACUGAAUCCAAGUCCCUUAUUCCAGUCUCAUUGUUUCUUGCUUACGAGUCUAAUAUCCACAACUAUUUGAACACCACCACCAGUAUCUUCACGUACUUGUAUCCAUCCCACUGGGCAGAUCGAGUAUCUGGAAUAGGUAGGAGUCUUUCCAACAUCUUUUCGGCAAAUUCAGAAAGGUAUGUCCAUUGGCCCUUUCUUGUAGAGUUUGGCAAGAUAUUCAUGAAUACCAUUAACAAAGAAGUAAAAGGUGGGGUGUACAGUAGCAAAAUAUUCGACGAAGGAAUGCUCAUAGAUAUUAUCCACAAAAACAUCACCAAGAAUUUCAGUAUGCUUGAUCUUCAAAUACUUGUGAAGUAUUUGAGUAGAGACACCAACGAAUGCACUACUAAAAUGAGUAAAGAAGAUAUACUAGUGGUAAAGUUCGACGACCAGUCUCCGGUAACGGAUGAAGAUAUCAGCAUAGCAAAACUCCGAUUCAAUAUGAGCCAAGUUGCAAAAAGAAUGAGUAGCAUUGAGAUGAAAAUUGGUGAAAUCAACCACAAAGUUAAAGAGUACCCGUCUGACAAAAUCAAAAAUGAUGAGGCUAUUAAAACUAAAGUCAUGAUGCUUUUAGGAGAAAGAAGAAGUCAAAUAAAGGCAUUCCAGCUGUGCUCAUCAGCAUAUCAGCACUUGCAAGAAAUUGUUUUGAAGAUUGACGACGCUACUUCCAACAUCAGCCUAGUAAAUGCUCUUAAGCAGUCAUCUAAGGCAUUAAACCAGUUAAAUGAUCAGGUGGACCUUGAGGAGAUAGAUCUACUUCACGUAGAGAUUGGAGAUCAGAUAGAAGCUACUGACCAAGUCACAGACGCAUUGGUAACUGUUCAGAUAUCAGACGAAGAAAUUGAAGAUGAAUACAAUGCUUUGUUGAACGAGCAAAAGAAUGAUGAGCAGGAAUCCAACGAGUUAUUAAAUAAGUUGCAGGGCCUUCAUGUCGGUUCUGAGAUUAAGAUCAAUGAAAAAGAAGCCAAAGAAGCCAAAGACGCCCCUGCCAAACAAAAAGCACAGUUAAUACGCAACUAGGUUCAAGUAUUUAUUGAUAUAAUUUUCAAGUUUAACAAAAUAUACAGCAUUUAGUUAGAAUGGAAUCCUAAGAUAUUCCUGAAUAAACCAACCGGUGGCAUGGUGUUUGUGCAAUCCUCUAUAGAUUGGUAGCCAAGAGAAGCAUGAAAAACACAAUUGGAAAGCGUAACUCUUUGACUUAAUAUAUGCCAAACAUUCUAUCUGCAAUUGCACUUAAAAUCAACCCAAGAUUUGCAAGAUUUGUUGUGUAAGGUUGAAUAAUUCGACUCUGGAAUCGUCGUACUGUUCAUCAUUAGGAGAUAUUUGUGAUUGUUGCGAUUGCUGGGAAAUACCCAAGUUCUUGAUACCAUUCAAAAUCGACUCAUUUUCCUUUAUCAAUGCAUUGAUUUCACUGUUGUUAGAUUCCAACAACUGUAAAAUGGUCCAAAGAGCAAUAUGCUCGAAAGUACCACUUUCACUCUGUAAGAAUCUGAUCAAAAACCCGUAGAUUCCUUCGUUUGGCUGGGUCCAAUUGUUUAAAAUAUACUGUUUGUGUUCGUCUGAGACUCUUGAGCACAAGUUGGCCAAUGCCGCAGCCGAGUUUCCACAAACUUCACCAUUUUCACUGAAAGUCAAAGGAAUCAACACAUCAAUAAUAUGACUCUCGUAUAAUCUUGGUUUCAAAUCGUCAGCCAAUGCCAAAAUUGCAAAACAAGCAGAUAUUUCCAGUUGAACUGAAAGCGGAACACUCAAUACCAAAUCUUUACAUUUAUCCACAGCUCCAGCAGCCAACAAAGCCAAUCUAUUUCUUUCACUCGACGCAGCCAAGUUUCUUAAGGUAGAAACCGCAUGACACUGAAUUUCUUCCGAGUCGGAGUAGUUCAACAAACUCACCAAUGGUUUCAAGAAACCUGCUUCGAUAAUUAAAGCUUCAUUUUGAGGAUGGAUAGAGAUGUUUCUGAUACAGGCAACGGCUGCCAAGAUCAAUGGUUGGUGAUUUGACGUUAACAAUUGUACCAAAUGUGGCAAACCUCCAGCUCUCACAAUUUCCACUUGAUAACCAGAAUCUGAAGCCAAGUUUCUCAAGGCCAAAGUAGCCUGACACUGGACCCGAGGAGAAGGAGACGUCAUCAACCCAACCAAUUGACUCACCAACUUAGGUUCAGUAGUGGAGAGCUUCUUUCGGUUGGUUUCAUCAACAGCAAUAUUGGAAAGAGCAGUGGUACAAUAGUACUGGACAUCGACAUCCUCGUUCGACAACAACGACACCAACACAGGUACAGCACCAGCAUUAACCAACUCCUGUCUAUUUUCCCCGGAGUGAGUCAUAUUCAACAAGGCUCCGGUAGCAUUUCUUUGCACUCUAAUAUCUUUCGAUUUGGCUAAUUUGGUCAAUGGAAUCAACGCACCGCUCUUAGCAAUCUUGGACUUAUUGUCAUCUUGGGUUGCCAAGUUGGUAAUACAUCCAACGGCAUUACAUUGAACCUCAAUGUUUGUAGACAUCAUCUGUCUAAUCAAAGGUUCCAAACCUCCCAUUUCCACAAUCAAAACCUUAUUUUCAUUAUUGACGGCCAAAUUACCCAAAGCUCCACAAGCAGCCCUUUGGACUUCGGCAUCGGAACUCUGUAAUAAAAUCAAGAUUGGCUCCAACACAUCUCUGUUGACCUCUCUCACGUCCUUUUCGGUUAUUUCUGCAAACGCCAAUGCAGCACUUCUCUGUAAGUCGAUAUUCUCAGAAUACACCAAAGUGCUGAGAGCUUUCAAAGGCCCAUUACUGAAGAAAUCCACGUCGGAACGGUUUUCCAAGUACUGUAACAAGGCGGAGAUGGCUUCUCUCUCGUUGUCAGCCAACAAGAGAGGCGAAUAUUUGCCGUUAUUGUUGCGAGGAAAUAAGCAACUACAACAAGCACCCAUUUUCUAUGCUGGACAAAACUGGCACACGAAUAACAAUCCUUUUGUUUCAAGUAUCAAAUACACGCGAUGUAUCAAAGACAAUCCAAAAGUAGUUUCCAGCGGAAUUGGUAAAAGAUCGACAGAGGUGUAGUACACUAAUGGUAUAGUUAUUCAAACUAACGGUGUUACUUUAGGAUGGUGUUGUCGC